AUGGCAACACCCAGCAUCUUCCCCACAGAACGCUGGAGUGUCACCACGGGCUCAGAGUCUCCCAUUGUCUCCUCCACAUGGUCUCCUCCACAUGGUCUCCUGCCCACGGUCACAUCCACACGGUCACGUCACCAUGGUCACGUCCACACAGUCUCCUCCACACAUCAGUUCAAAGGCCGGUCCACCAGGAGAGCCCUUGGAUCCUUUCAGACCGGCUCAGACCUGCUCAAGUCCAUCAGCCCGGAUUUCACGGCCACAGGCUCCGGUCCAACUCAGACUCAGGAUUUAAAGAAGAAAUGA